CCGAAACACCAGCAAACAUACUUCAAAACUCUACCAAUCGUCGAACCUAAAACCGGCUGUCAAAUGUAGUUGGCACAUGUCUGCAUGCCUUGGCCGCGUGUCGCUGGUAUCACUGAUCCCAUGGUUCGCCGCUGCAAGUGUACCAAGUUUCAUUUCCCUGGGACAUGGAUUCUCAUGGUUCCAUGGAUACGGACACAUAUUGUCGCAAAUAAACGUGUGUAACUAUUUUAUCCGGAUUUAUCCUCAACCGGCCUGCCGAGGAGAGUUGACCGGUUCACGGGAUCUGCGCGGUGAUCUCUAAGUGGGAUACUGUUCUGUCCGCUGUGGGAAAACGUGUGUUGCCGUGCACUCCGGAGACAGUGGAGUCUAGCAGAGGAAGGUAUUAAACUUUGCUUUGGAGUCGCUUGUGCAAAGUUUGUUCGGGGGCUGUCGUGGAGGUGACCUUGUUGACCGUUGGACUAGUACAGUUUUAUAUUUAGGAGAUUUUGGAGUAGAGCUGGAACUGGAGUGCAUGCACGUGGUCUUGGGGCUAAUUGCUGUCUUGCUUUAGGUGCAUGUUUGGGACCUACCUUAUUUGGUUCCGGAGAAGGGUUAAGGUGAAAUGCCUGUGUUAUGAGCUUGGUGAAUAGCUGGUUGUGCGAUUGAAGUAUUGUGUACAGCGUCCACAUGUAUCUGUAUGUAGUAACUCCAUUCCAACGUAUUGACCGUAUUCAACGGAG